AUUUGCAUUAGUUGUCCACAUAGGCAAUAGCCCUAGCAACAACAAUGAAUCAGGUACAAUUUUUUUGUUCAUUUACAAAAUUUCAGAUAAGUUUUUACACAUAAAAUAUAAACUUCUUUCAAAUUUAGAGCAGGGCUUGCAGGCCCUUACCUUCUCCCCUACUUGUCCCAAAAGUUUAUUCAACCAUUUUUUCAUCUAUUUGUAAUUUUGUGUUAACAAAUUCUCCCAUAGCUUAUUAAAGCGACCGUCUCUAGGGUUUCCUACUAGUUUUCCGGCGGUGAUCGGCAGAUCACAACGUCCAGCGUUUCUUUCUGUCUAGGUCAUGAGCAUUGCAAGUUGGAACUGCAGGAGCCUCGGUAAUGCAGCCACGAUUCAGGGGCUGGCGGAAAUUGUGCACGUACAGCCGUAGACCUUCGUUUUUUUAUGGAGAUGAAAGUUUGGUGUCAAAGGGCGAAAGGGUUUUCACCAGAGUGUUGAGAUGGAUAGUGAAGGAGUAAGCAGAGGUUUAGUGAUGGACUGGAAUGACGAUGCAGUGGUUAACAUUAAUACUGUGCACCAAAAUUAUGUGGAUUGUAUGGUGGGUGCGACGAACGGCGAUCCAGGAUGGAGGCUCACGUGCUAUUAUGCAUACCCUGAAAUGAGAAGAAGAAGAAGAGAGGCCUGGGAGAUGCUACGAGGGUUGGCGGAAAAUAACUCUCUCCCGUGGAUGGUUAUUGGAGACUUAAAUGACAUUCUAUAUGUCAGACAAGAAGGGUAGGAAUCCCCAUCCGGGGUGACGGCUUCGAGGGUUUCCCGAGUCUGUCUUCGGUGGCGGUCUGAGGGACUUCCCGUUUGAAGGCUAUCAAUGGACCUGGGAUAGAGGAAAGGGCUCGGCGAACUGGGUUGAAGAAAAAUUAGAUCGUAUUUGGUCAAUGAUGAUUGGAGGAACAAGUUCAUGGCAACCCGGGCUCAGUCAGUUGAAGCAUCGACAAGUAAUCACAUGGCCCUAUGGGUUAAGGUUAAUCCGACGCUGCAUGGGAGGAAACCAAGGAGGUUCCGGUUUGAAAAUAUGUGGCUCAAAGAAGAUGAAUGUCGGACGAUGGUGGCUAAUAGCUGGAGAGCAGGUACUCAUUUGAGUUUUAGAGAAAGAAUUGCUUUUUGUGGGGAGGAAUUACUUAGGUGGGAUAGCCGCAGGACUAAAGGUUUUGUCAUCAAAUCCAAGGGUGUAAGAAGAGAUUGGCAUGGCUUCAAGGAAGGGAUGAUCCGGACAGUUUGGCUGAAUUUAUGCGACUCAAAGCAGUGAUCCAAUCUCUUUUGGAAAAAGAGAACCUUUAUUGGAAGCAACGGGCGAAAGAGUUUUGGUUGAAAGAUGGUGAUAUUAAUUCCAAGUUCCUCCAUAAUGCUGUAAAGCAACGGAUAAGGAAGAAUAAAUUAAUGGGGUUGAGGAUGGCAGAUGGGUUAUGGGUCACGAAUUGAACAAAAAUCAAAGAGGCGGUGCAUAAUUAUUUUGAGAAUAUUUUUUUGCAGGGUGCGGAGGUCCUGGAAGAUUCUAUUUGUGGCAGUUUUACACAAGUUUCAGCAAGCCAGAACUCGGCUCUUCUGCGCGCAAUCACAAAGGACGAAGUAAAAACUGCCAUUUUUUAUACGCAUCCAGAGAAAGCCCCGAGGGCUGAUGGGAUGAAUCCAACGUUUUUUGAGAAAUUUUGAGAUAUUGUUGGCCCUGAAGUUACUAGUCUUUGCUCAGGUAUUUUCGAUACUGGAGUGCUUAGGGAUCUAAAUAUUACUAAUAUUGUGUUAAUCCCUAAGAAGGAUAAACCUGAGAAUAUGGGUGACUGGAGACCGAUAGCGUUGUGCAACAUGAUUUAUAUUUUUUUUCUAAAACUUUAGCUAAUCGGUUAAAAGGCAUACUUGGUGGUCUGGUGAGUGAGAACACAAGUGCUUUAUUCAUUUGAGAUCAAUAGUUGAUAAUACUAUUGUUGCUUUUGAGACCCACCAUUAUUUGAAGAGGAAAUCUUAUGGGAAGGAGGGUUAUGUGUCAAUGAAGCUCGACAUGAGCAAUGUUGAGAUAUCGCCAGGGGAUCCUUUGUCGCCAUAUUUAUUCAUUUUGGUGGCCGAGGGACUGAGUGCAAUGUUGAGACAAGCUGAAAUUCGAGGGACUAUCCAUAUAGUGGUUGUCUGCAGAGGGGCUCCAAAGGUAUCCCAUUUACUGUUUGCUGAUGAUAGCUUUAUGUUUUUCAAAGCUACAUAUGCCGAAUGUGGGGAGAGAAAAUAAUUCUUCAGGGCUAUGAGAGGAACUCGGGGCAGAUGGUGAAUUUUAAUAAAUCUUCAUUAACAUUCAGUUAAAAUGUGGAUAAGCUGUUUCGGGAUCAGUGCUGCUAUACAUUGGGGAUGGCGGACAAAGUAGGUAUUUGGGACUACCGACGUUAGUGGGGAAGAACAAAUCCGCCAUCCUGGGUUACCUGCAUGAUAGAAUAUUUAGCAGAAUUAAGGACUGAAAUAAUAGAUUUUUGUCCAGAGUAGGGCGGGCGGUUCUUCUGAGGAAUGUAGUUCAGGCUAUGUGAAAUUAUGCCAUGAAUGUUUUUCUAUUGCCAAAGGAUUUGUGUGAUGAGAUUGAGAAAUUUAUAAAUGGUUUUUGGUGGCGGGGAUCUAACUGCG